AUGGGUGGCAAUGAAUCAAUCGAGGAGAUUGUUGCUAUGGAAAACCAUCACUGGUAUGCAAAAUUCAUGAAAGAAUGCCCGUCUGGACAACUCAGCAUGUAUGAAUGCAAGAAACUCCUUGGACUUGAUAACCCAACUGAUCAGGCAAAUACCUAUGUUGAGACAGUGUUUAAUAUAUUUGAUUCAAAUAAGGAUGGGUUUAUCGACUUCUUGGAAUUUAUAGCUGCAAUAAAUCUGGUUAUACGAGGAAAAAUUGACCAAAAAUUGAAAUGGUAUUUUAAACUCUAUGACGCUGAUGGGAAUGGAACUAUUGACAAAAAAGAACUCUUAAGCAUAUUCACGGCCAUUCAAGCUAUCAAUGGCAACCAAGAAUUAACUCCAGAAGAAUUCACAAACAUGGUAUUCCAGAAGAUAGAUGUUAACAAUGACGGGGAAUUGAGUUUAGAAGAGUUCAUCAACGGAGUGGAAAGCGAUGAAAAUCUCCUGGAAAUGAUUUCAAAGAGCUUUGACCUUUCCAAUGUACUGAAAAUUAUACAAAGUGGGCGAAGACACAGCGUCUGA